CAAAAUUAAUUUGCCUUUAGCGGGUUAAAUACAAAACAAUGAAUACAUUUUCACUGUGGAAAGGCUAUUAAGUUACUUUAAAAAUAAUAACUAUAGUAAUCCUAAUGCACGCAAAAUUAUGGAACAAAUAAAACUUCCAGAUGGCUUUCGAAUAUUUGAGACACAGGUAGCGGGGCAUACAUUUCAAAAUGCAGAACCAGAAAAACUUGGUAUGAUAAAGGACGAGAGAACAGGUUGUGUUUUGAAACCAUCAGGAAAGCCAGAAUGCGGAGAAAGAGAAUUUAGUUUCUAUAAUGCACUACAAAAUACAGAGGAUCCAGUAUUAUUACAAGCAAAAUCAUUGGUACCAAAAUUCUAUUCUAAGGUAGAACUUUUGAUAAACCAACGGAAAUGCACAUUUUUUAAAUUAGAAGAUCUUACACACAAUUUGUCAAAACCAUGUAUUAUGGAUAUAAAGAUUGGCAAAAGAACAUGGGAUCCUCUUGCUACAGCACAAAAAAGAGAAUAUGAAGAACAAAAAUAUAUUAAAUGCAAGCAAACACUUGGUCUGUGUUUGCCCGGAUUCCAAUUAUAUACACCAAAUAGCGAUAAAGUAUUACGAUAUGGCAGAGAACAUGGAAGGAAUAUAGAUUCAAAUGAGUUUCGUGCUUCUAUAGCAUUGUUUUUAAAUGCACAGCAUACAGUUUGUAUACCACUAGUCCAAGAGAUUCUCAAUCAGCUAAAAGUUAUACGAAAAUGGUUUCAAAUACAGAGAUUUUACAAUUUCUAUGCAAGUUCCUUGUUAAUUGUGUAUGAUUUCGAUUUGCUGCAGAAACUUUGCUUGAAACAUGAUCACAACUGUAAAAUCAUAAACGGAAAUGCGCAAAUGGGGAACUCGGGUAAUUUAAUAGAGAAUGUUACACCUGAUUUAAAAAAAUGGGUUAAAGUAAGGAUGAUUGAUUUUGCUCAUGUAUUCCCAACAGAGCAAGUUUCUUUAGACACAAACUACAUAUUUGGUUUACAAAAUUUAAUAGCUGUGAUCCAAGAUUUAUUAAAACAGAAAUAAUACAUUCGUAAUGGCAUGUAUCCAUUUUUAUAAUUAUUUUGUAGAACAAAAAUAUAAAAUUAAAAACGUGUAUAAAUUGA